AUGUUGCAUCAGGUUAAUUCGUAUGUAUGCAGUUUUAAAUCGGUAUUAAAAGCUCUUCCUCAAGAUGGUGAUAACAAUUAUAAAAUUGUUAUAAAUGCCGAUAGGCGUUCAACUCACGAAUACCCUGGGCGUUAUAACGUUCCAUCCACGAAUGAAGUUGCUGUAGUAUUGGUUGACCAGGAAUAUGAUGCUGUACAAUUAUGGGAAAAAUAUAAAGAAAAAUUUGCAGAAGACUUUCUUUGGAAUAUAUCUCACAAUGAUGAAGGUGCAUUUAAUGAUAAUUUCCGUGAUUUUACCAUAAAUCUGUGCUUAUUAGCUCUUCAGGAAGACUUAACAGUAGUAGGCGGUAAAUCACUCUAUGAAUAUGGUUUGCCAACACCAACCUCAGUCGAAGAGGUAACCAAUAGGGAAUAUUCCGCAGAGAUUGGUUACAACUCAAUGGAACUGCUGGCAACAUUAGAAAACGGUGUCCCAAUGAUGACUGCAGAACAACGUUCAGUCUAUGAUCGCGUGUGCGAGAGUGUUCAGAAUAAUUUGGGAACAAUAUGGUUUUUAGAUGCAACUAAGGUAAGGAAAACUUAUUCUGACGCCUGA